AUGAAUAACGUCGUGGACAAAAGCAUGAUUAAGAAAAGAGGCAGGCCUCCCAUCACCAAAGAUUAUCCCGAUCCUUUACAAAGCCCUAUGGCGCAUUCUUCAUUGCAGGUACAGAAACAGGGCCCUCGCAGUUUCGCUAAACCUUUGAUGAAGGUGGGGCAGUGUAGUCCAUCUCCGAAUAAAAGAAGACUCAGCGUCGAAAAUCACCCUAAUUUAGUGGCCACCACCAAGAAGGGCAGAUAUAGAGGCGUCCUGUUAUCAACUCCUACCAAGAAAUCAGGAGUGAGCGGGUUUACUCCGAUCUCCACCCCAUCUUCCAACGACAGUUAUACCAAUACGGUAUUCUCUGAGUCAAGGAAAACUUUCCUACAAAGUUCGCCGCCCAUUAUGUCGUCUUCUCCAGGCUUCCAGAAGAAGAAUGAAUUCAUAUUCCCUUCACCGGACCAAUUCAAACUUUCUUUAACCAUUACCGAAAGUGGGAAGGCUGUCAUUGCUGGAUCCUCGCCAUUCUCCCCAUUGUCGAAACUACCUCAUUCCUUAAUGAACAGUAACGAUAAAAAAUUCUUACUUAAUGAAAGAAUUCAUAAAAAUAUCAAGAAAACUACUCCCAAAUUUGAAAAGAAACGUAUUCUUUCUCUCUUGAAACAAAUGAAGAACAAUAAAGAUUUCAAUAUGUCUUCCGAAAUACGCCCACCGAAAUCAAGCAGAUCUGAUGUCGUUGAAACUGAACUGCCUACCAUUAUAGAGACCUCGGCUUCUCCAGUAAGUAGCAUUAGACAUAACAACGCUUUGUUUUCUCGAUCUCCACAAUCACCGCCCCCAAGCGCACAAUUCAUGCCACCAUCCACACCAAAAAGUUCUUUCCAAUUUAGAACUGGAUUCACUCCUAACGUUGCACUGAAUCAGGUGUCUUUAAGCGAUACUUUACCGAAGCCUACAGCAAAUGGUCUUAACUCGAACAUUGUCGGUUCCAACAACAAUAAUCACAACGGUAGCUCCGGUAAUAAUAACAUUGUAGAUGCUGGUGCAUUAUUAACGUUGACUAAUAGCCCUGGAAUGUUCUUGUCGCCAAGAAACAAAAUGAUGCCCAAAUCUGCUACUCUGUCUAGUGAACAACAGGAAUUCGUAUUCAAAUUCUCAGGUGGCGAUCCAUUAUUGCUUACCGAUGACGCAGAUGGGAACUGGCCGGAAAUGCUUUUCAACGUAUCUAACAGUCCAAAACGUCAAAAAUGCUUCAAUACACCUCCAUCGUGGAUAAACUUUGGUUCACCAGGGCUAUUCAGCCCACCAAGAGGUGCCACUAUCAUGGUAAAUGGUACCACCCCCGCAGCCACAUCGGAUAACGGUAAUGUGCAUAGACAAUUACAAGCCCAAUUAGAGGCACAAGUGCAAGCGCAAUCCCAAACCAAUUCUCCGGCUCAACGACAACAACAACAGCGCCAGUUCCAGGUGCUCCAAUCGCACACUAACAUGAGCUCUUCCCCACCGCAGAUCAACAUAGCUCUUUCACCUCAACAGUCUAUGGCUAGCAGAUCAUCUGGGUACCUCAAUAAAGAGAAAACCAUGAUUGGAACGACAGAUAUACUGGGCAACGCCAAAAAUGGAAAUUUACAACCCCCAGCAAACCUGGUUAACGCUACUCAUGGACCUUCGACGCCCAGAAAUCAAGAAUUCCAAUUACCAACUUUAAUCGAGUGCACUCCGUUAAUCCAGCAGACCAUGAAUGGUUCUUUAGGAACUAAAUACAUACCAGAAACCUCUGUUUCAAAUAGCGUUGCAUCGAACUUAAACGGGUUCACUGCUACCAAAACAGUUUCCGGUUCUAAUGAUUUACUAAAGCAGAAUAUGUAUAGUAACAAACAUGACGAUGCUAGAAUUGCUUUGAAAAAAUUAAUCGAUGAUCAAUAA